AUGGGAUGCAUUUGCUUCAAGCCGAUGUGGCGAAAGUCUCCACCGUCGAUUACAUCAAGUGUCGUCGAUAGUCAAGACGAUGACGACGGAGACGACGGAAGAUACCCGAUGAUAUUCAGGGAGUUCAGCUUCGAGCAGCUGAGAAUCGCCACCGACGGUUUCUCGGCCGGAAACAUAGUGUCGGAGCACAACGAGUAUGUACCAAACAUAGUGUACAAGGGCAAACUCGGCGAUGGUCGUCGCAUCGCCGUCAAACGGUUUCAAAGACUUUCGUGGCCUGAUCCCUUUGAAUUCGUUAAGGAAGCAGAAGCUGUUGGGAGAUUGAGGAGUGAGCAUAUGGCUAAUCUGAUCGGUUAUUGUUCUGAUGACAGCGAGAGACUUCUUGUUGCUCAGUACAUGCCUAAUUCAACUUUGUCUAAGCACCUCUUUCACUGGGAGAAACGACCCAUGAAAUGGCAAACACGCUUAAAAGUUGCCCUUCAUACCGCAAAAGCCUUGCAGCAUUGUAGUGACAAAGGCAUCAACUUAUACCAUCAUCUUAAUCCCUAUAAGAUUCUCUUUAAUAAGGUGGGCAAUCCUAAACUUUCUUGCUUUGGUCUCAUGAUGAAUAGCCACGAAGGGAAGAGUCAUAAUACCAACUUAGCAUUUGCUCCUCCCGAAUAUUUGAACCUAGGUGCUUUGGUACCGGAGAGCGUCACAUAUAGCUUUGGGACCUUGUUAUUGGAUCUUAUGAGCGGCAGACGUAUUCCUCCAAACCAUGCGCUUGAUUUGCUCCAAAGCAAAAACUAUGUGGGGCUAAUGGAUGCAGCUCUGGAUGGUCAGGUCUCUGAUGAAGACAGGACAGAACUAAUACACAUAGCCUCUCGAUGUUUGAAGACAGAACCCAAUGAGAGGCCAAGUAUCAAGUUUCUUGUGUCGACACUUUCUAGACUUCAGAGACGAGCUGAGACAAGGCCAAUCAGUGUCAAAAAACUCAUGCCUUCUCCUUCAAACAAUAAGCCUGGAAAGACUAAAACUGCAACAGAGCCACGAAAGUUGACUCCAUUUGGUGAUGCGUGUUUGAGAGCAGAUCUAAGUACCAUACACGAACUACUUGAGAAACUCGGUUACGGAGCAGAUGAUGAGGCCGUAAAAGAGUUUUCAUUCCAAAUGUGGACGGGAGAAAUGCAAGAGAAUAUGGACCACAAGAAUCAUGGAGAUGCCGCUUUUCGUGCUAAAGAUUAUGAUACCGGCAUUGAAUUCUACACUGAGUUCAUGUCUGGAGCUCCUAAGGUUUCACCAACAGUUUUGGCAAGACGGUGUCUAUGUUACCUAAUGACUGAAAUGUUCAGUGAAGCUUUAAGAGACGCAAUGCAAGCGCAAGUAGCUUCACCCGAGUGGCCAAUCCCUCUUUACUUACAAGCGGCUUGUCUUUUCAAGCUCGACAUGGAAGCUGAAGCUAAAGAAGCACUUAGACAUGGUUCUGCUCUUGAGUCUUAUUAG